AUGUCCGCACCUCUUAAUUCUCGUGAGCCCCGGAAUGCGAAGAAAAAGGCUAUGGAAAACGCAGGUAAAGUGCCGCGCACAAAAACAGAUCCACCUGCGCCAAACUCCACGACCAAAACCAAGGUUCACAGUGACAGCUCAGCGAAGAAUUUAUCUUCUAAACUGAAGCGUCAGCGUACCUUUGUAGACGACCCAGAGGAGGUCAGUGGUGAUGAAUCUGAUGGCAGCCAUGCGGACUUGCAACCUGUAAAGCCUCGAGCAUUAUUCGAGUCUGACUCUGACUCUGAUCACCCCAAGGAGGACAUCGCGAAUGGUAAUGAUUCUGAUGCCGACCGUGAGGAGAGUGAGGGCGAGGAAGCUGAGGCCACUGCCAUGAUGCUUUCAGACGAGGUCCCUUCGCUCGUCAGCAACAAGUCAAAGCAAGUUGUUCAAUCUCGUGGCAAAUCCCAGUCCGCCCGCGAAGCAAAACAAGCUGCAGAGAUUCCAGCCUGGCGCGAUUUUGACAAUGCUGUUUCAGAGUCCGUCGAUGAAACUACUACUGCAUGUGGCGAAUCCUCCGAAGCUUACUCCAGCGACGUUGAACGUGCCCAGAAACUCAACUCUGGACGGACUCGAUCGGCUCAAAGCAUUGCUUCUCUCAUUCGAACGGAGAAAGGACAUAUCAAAUUACUUGAUCAAAACAACGAGACUCAGCAAGUAGUGCGGGAUGCGAUUAUCGAUGCCAAAGGCUACAUUAUCUUUGUUGAUGCUUAUCCUGAGCUUGUCGACAAAAACCAAGUCUCACUGCAGUCUUUGCUAACAGUGGCCAGGAACCGUGGCAUCCACGCCAUUAAAGAACGUCUUCAAACUGAUGCGAUGUAUGCUGCGCACCUCGCCAGUUUGGUGGAGCCACGCAUUCCAUUGUUGCGCCGUGACCUGAAAGUGGCCGCAUGUACGAACAUCGAUAGCUACUUUCGUCUUGGCAACAACUUGGUCAAGGUGAAGAAACUUAUGGAGCAGCAUGCAUAUAUAUAUGCCUUGAGGUUUGAUUCGAACAACAACGCUUCACCCAUAGGGAAAAAACCCUACCAGGGUGACCUGCUGAUCUUUCUCAUAUACCAGGAAGUCUUCAGCGGUGCGAAGUCUAUCGGCAUCAGGUUUUCCGAGCGCUUUGUCGAACUGGCAAACAAUAAGGGCAAUCGCCCUGAAAUACCCAUUCCAUUACUGGCACUCGUGGCAACCGCGGUCUAUGCGGCCCUUUUCUGGAAGACACUCGGUUCUCCAACAAAGUUCAGCUUUACAGGGAAUCAAUUCAGCGAGACAUAUGUGUUUCACACCAAGUUCCUCGAGGACUUGAAGAGGGACGCACCAGGAAAGUUUCACUGCAUGAUGGCUGAUAUCUACGAAGCUGUGCAGACCUUGAGACAGAACGGGAAUGAACAUAUCGCCAAUGAGCAUCAAGCUGCGCUAGGGCUGCUUGACCUGGAUGGCAUGGCAGAGGAUUAG